AAGUUUUACCAAACAUGCCUAACACGCAUUUCCACAACAAGGUACAAAACAACGCAGGGUCGGUCGCUCAGCACUGUCCGCGAAGUUCUCCUCCUUUCCCCUUAACUGCCGAAUCGGAAGCUAACUUGACAGUUUCCUCGUCUCGGUGAGUGCUGGUGUCCACUUUCAGGGCUAAAAGAGUAAGUGAAUGAGGAAAACCCCCCCAGGACCAGGAUGUUGUCUUUGGCCAAAUUUUGCCAAACUGGAGCUCGACAAGUUGUGACACAAGCAAGAUUUAUGAGGGAUGGCAAAUGCCAGUUUACCUUUUUGCCAGAGUGGCGAUUUGUCUCCAGGGACAGAAACAUGGGCCGCUUCUUUUCUUGCUCCCUCUUCAACUGUUUCAGAUGCUUUAGUGCCACACCUGCAAAUUUGAAUGCUUCAUCAUCACCUGCAGCCAGUAAAACCCCAUCCUACAGUUAUGUCAUCGUUGGAGCAGGGUCUGCGGGCUGCGUUCUUGCAAACCGCCUCAGUGAGGAAUCCCAUGAGUCUGUGCUGCUACUGGAGGCUGGGCCUAAGGAUAUGCUGCUUGGCAGCUUACGACUGUCAUGGAAGAUCCACAUGCCAGCUGCGCUGACCUACAACCUCUGUGAUGACAAAUAUAACUGGUACUAUCACACUUUACCUCAGGCCCACAUGGACAACCGGGUGUUGUACUGGCCAAGAGGCCGUGUCUGGGGCGGGUCCUCUUCACUAAAUGCUAUGGUGUACAUCCGUGGACAUGCUGAAGAUUACAACCGCUGGCAGAGGGAGGGAGCCAAGGGCUGGGAUUAUGAACAUUGUCUGCCUUACUUCAGGAAAGCUCAGUGUCAUGAGCUGGGAGAAAACAGGUACCGAGGAGGCAGUGGACCUCUUCAUGUGUCUAGAGGGAAAACCAACCAUCCCCUUCACCAGGCAUUUAUUGAGGCAGGGCAGCAGGCAGGAUACCCCUUCACUGAUGACAUGAAUGGAUACCAACAGGAGGGCCUGGGCUGGAUGGAUAUGACCAUUCACAAAGGGAAGAGGUGGAGUACAGCCAGCGCCUACCUGAGACCUGUCCUGUGUAGACCCAAUCUGAAGGCAGAGGUGUGCUGUCUGACCACCAAGAUCCUAUUUGAUGGCACCCGUGCUGUGGGCGUGGAGUACACGCAGAAUGGACAAAAGAAAAGGGUGUUUGCAGAUAAAGAGGUGAUAUUGAGCGGAGGAGCCAUCAAUUCCCCUCAGCUUCUUAUGCUGUCUGGUGUUGGAAAUGCAGAUGACCUAAAACAACUUGACAUCCCUGUGGUUCAGCACUUGCCAGGUGUUGGCAGUAACCUGCAGGAUCAUUUAGAGCUGUACGUGCAGCAGCAGUGCACUCAGCCCAUCACCCUAUACAAGGCCCAGAAACCUUUCCACAUGGUCAAGAUAGGGCUGGAGUGGCUCACCCUCUUCACUGGUUAUGGAGCAACAGCCCACUUGGAGAGUGGAGGCUUCAUCCGCAGUCGGCCGCACGUCACGCACCCCGACAUCCAGUUUCACUUCCUGCCCUCGCAGGUCAUUGACCACGGACGAGUUGCCUCCAAGAUAGAGGCGUAUCAGGUUCAUGUCGGACCAAUGAGAAGUGCCAGUAUUGGCUGGAUGAAACUGAAGAGCGCCAACCCUCUGGAUCACCCCAUUCUGCAGCCAAACUAUCUCUCCACCGAUAUCGAUGUAUGGGAAUUCAGGGAAUGUGUCAAACUCUCUAGAGAGAUUUUUGCCCAGAAGGCCUUUGACCUAUUCCGUGGUCCCGAAGUCCAGCCCGGUCCUCAGGUCCAAUCCGACGCCGACAUCGACACUUUUGUCCGCCGAAAAGCUGACAGUGCCUACCACCCAUCUUGCACCUGUAAGAUGGGCUCCCCAAGUGAUCCAAUGGCGGUCGUCGAUUCAAAUACACGCGUUCUGGGUCUAGAGCGCCUGCGCGUGGUGGAUGCUUCCAUCAUGCCCAGUAUUGUCAGCGGCAACCUGAACGCUCCGACCAUCAUGAUAGCAGAGAAGGCUGCUGACAUCAUCAAAGGUCGCCCUCCUCUCGUGGACCCAGGGGUCCCCGUGUACCAACCGCCAACACUCGAGACGCAGAGAUGAACCAAGAGAAUGAGGAACAACAGCUGGUACCCUUUUAGCACAAGAGUAUAAAGGUAGAAGCAGUUUGCAUCAUAAUCGGUAUGCAACAACAGCAUUGAACAUUUCAUCAUGUGUUUGAUUGGGAUCUCAUCACUUUGGCCUUGGUCUGAUAAUAUUAAUCAUAAAGGGCUGAUCUACAUAUUUAAAUUGAAGUCAGUAAUGCUGUUGAAUACUAUUGAUUUUAGCAGUGUACAUCUGAAAUCAUUUGAUUUUCCAUUCUAAACCAUGAUCACAAUUUUUAGGAAUGCUAAAGCUAAUGUGAACCCUGAUAAUGGUUUCCGCACCUGCCUAGUUUAGCGAGCUUUCAAUGACUAAAGCUAAGUUUUUGCUCAGGUUAACUGGAUUGACUCCUCAAAUAGCAGCACAAUGGACCAGCCCACUCCAAGGAUCAGCAGAUUUCAACACUCAUUUUAUAAGACUGAACUCUGUAAAACUGACUUACAACCAGACUAAAACUUUAUAAUGUCAUUUGGGUGCUCAUACUUCCUGAUUACUCAAUAUGGUUGCCAGGAAGGGUGCUGAGCAUUUGUAAAGCGACUGUGAAUGUAAUGGAAAAUUGUACCUUGUAAAAUUUACCAUAAUUUGCUUACUAUUACCAUGCUGAAUGUGAACAAUGUACAAACUAUGACAUGUUACGUGCGUGCACACACACACUUUGAAGUUCAUAAAUCUUACUCAAUACUACAGCGAACUAAACCUUAUUGAACAACUGACAUAAAUUUCGACCACACUUCGUUAUCGUGAGAUGCUCCACAGUUAGUUUUCCAGUGAAACUGCACAGCAUGCAAAAAACUCUAAUUUCACGAUGGAAAUUGGAAUUCUGGCACAAUUUCACAGUGUCUUUUCAUCAAAGUUUUCACCCACAAUCAGUCAACAGCCAAAGUCUUGAGUGGUUGUUGCUCUUGUUAUCUUGUUAUCUGACUGGUGAUCAACAAACCUUGUUUUUAUUCUGCUGGGACUGUUUACUCAGUCCCAGCAGCUGUUUUUGUGUUUAAUGCAGUUUGCUGGCUGCUACUACUCACGCUGUGGUCGGAUCUAAGUACAGUCAGGCUGCAAUCAUCAUCCCUGGAAAGAUAGUAAAUGUGAUGUUGUGAAACCAUAGUUUGUAUGGUUCUUGUUUUGUGGGCAAGGCAGAGAAACAUGUUUGAGCCCAUUUUUCCCAGGAACAUAAGACUCUAAGUCUAUGUCUCAGUUCCUGGCAGCUGUGGCAAACAGCCACACGUUGUUGCUGAAAACACUAGGCAAAUGGGCUGUGGAUCAUAACACUAGUAAAGAGGAGUUAAAGAGAGGACAGUCAAACUAAAACAAAGCUGCCUUUUGAUUCAGGCUAGUCUGGUAGCUGUUGAAUCUCAGAAGAAAUGAAUCCAAAUUACAGCUCAGAAUAUCAAAUCUAGCUAACAGAUCUUGUGUUAAUACUCUUGAUGUAAAAUAUAAAAUAUAGAACACACAGUAAAACAUUUUUUCCACACAUUUUUAAACAUGUUUACAAAAUGUUUACAAAAAAACUUUGGAGGAUGGCUGUGUAUAGCUGACUAUAUAAUACCGUCGGCGCCUGUAAGAUCAUCAUGUUCCAAUGUCAGUGUGAACACUUUAUUAGUCACAUAUACAAUAUGUGACUAAUCAAGUGUCUCCCUGUGUGGUCCAGACAUUACUGAUGCACUGUGGUGCUGAGAAGAUUUUAGAACCAGCUUCACUGUAAAACUAAGUGCUAGAAUGAAUUCUAAUCGUCUUAAGCUUUGCACUACACUAUGAAGUAUGUUAAUUACUGUGACAAUUAUUGUUUACAACAUAUGCAGUGUUACAGAUACUUGAGUGUUAAAUCAACUUUUUCUUAAAUGUACUAAUGAAGGAGUAACAUGACUCGCAGAGGGAAAAUUCUUGUGAAAAUUCUUCUAACCCGUAUGUUUGAAUAUGUGUUUGUUUUGUUUUUUCUUCACUGUAGACAAACACUUUAGACUGACCUUGUCCUUGUGACUUUAUUAAUGAUCCUUACAAAAAUCUUCAGCAGAUUUGUUGUCAUUUCAGGCAGGAAUUCAAAUAUACAAAACAGGGUUUUUGUUUUCCAUGGUACAAAAUCUAUAGGAUACUAGUACAUAUGCUACAAAGUAGAUAGAGCUAUGUUUUUUAUUUCCACACAACAAAUGGGUAGAAAGCAAAAAUCUUCAAGUUCAUCACUUACUUUUUAUGAACACUGUACAGAUUUUAUACAUACAUAGUUUUCAUUUAAUCUGUAAAGCAGUGAAACGGUACAAAAAAUAAAGCUGUAAGUUGCACAACAAA